AAGAAAAGGGACACCCGUACCGGUCUCAGGGUGACCGCCAGUAUUGACUGGCCUGGACGUAGCCAGUGCCCACCAAACGGCUGAAAGCGAGAGUUGAAGAAUGGAUUUGUUGGGGUUGAACAAAUUUAUGGUUCUUCUGUGGAAGAAUUUUACAUUAAAGCGCCGGCAGUGCACUGCUCUGGUGGCGGAGCUCAUCCUGACUGUCCUGUUUGUUGGCGUGCUUCUGUUAACACGCAGGUUUUUGUAUAGCGAGAAGGCUGGGCCCUUCAGUUAUCCUCCGCAGCCUGUUGAUGAGUUGCCUGUGUUCCUCAGAAAAGUCCCUUCUUCUGGUGUGUGGGAAUUGGCUUUUGUGCCUUCCAAAAGUGUUGUGGUGAAGGAUAUCGUUGAAACUGUGAAAAGAGAUUUACACUACAAUUUUAAAGUUCAAGGCUUCCCUUCAGAAGGAGAUUUUGAAGAGUAUGUUAAGCAAGGGAACAACUCUGAGAGAGUGGUGGUUGCUUUUGUCUUUGACCAUGAGUUCAAAAAUAGCCACGAUCCUCUGCCACUUAAGGUAAAAUAUUAUUUGCGUUUUAGUAGUUCUCAGAGGAACAAGUAUGUGGGGUUUUUCCGACCUGGAAGCUGGGAAACAGAUACUCUCUUUCCAAAGUCUCCUUCGAUAGGACCCAGAAGUGAACAAGCAAACGGGGGGAGUCCUGGGUACAUCUCUGAAGGGUUCCUGCUCAUGCAGCAUGCCUUGGAUAAGGCCAUCAUGAAAUAUCAUAACCACAAGACCGCACAACAGUUGUUCACAAAUGUUAAUGUAUUUGUUCAGAGAUUUCCAUACCCAAGAUAUGAUCAUGAUUACUUCUAUGUCCUAUUUAGUGUUUUCGCCCCUUUAGUAAUCUUAUUUGUCUUCAUUGUGAAUUAUCUUACCAUCAUUCAGUCUGUUGUGUGGGAAAAGGAAAACCGAUUGAAGGAGUACCAGCUCAUGAUCGGACUCAGCAAUUGGAUGCUCUGGGCUGCCUACUUCUUCACGUUUCUCACGUUGUAUUUGGUUAUCAUCUUUUUGACGUGCCUACUUUUCUUUGUCAAGAUGAAACCUGUGCCGAUCAUCCAGUACAGUGACCCGUCUCUUGUUUUUGUCUUUCUGCUGUGUUUUGCCAUCGCCACAAUAUUCUUCAGCUUUAUGGUCAGCACAUUUUUCAAUAAAGCACACUUUGCUAUAUCUCUUGGAGGCUUCAUUUAUUUAAUCAGCUACUUUCCAGCUCCCAGGAUCUCUUCAAGUUACGCACAGAUGACACUCAUCAAGAAGCUGGCUUUUUCCCUCAGCUCAAAUGUUGUCAUGGCCCUGGGAACCAAGUACCUUGUCAGGGCAGAGACAGACAAAAUUGGAAUUAAAUGGAGUAACGUCUUCUCACCAAAUACGGUGGAGAACUUUGUCUUUGCCUAUAUACUGGGAAUAUUUUUACUUGAUGCUGUUUUGUACGGCCUUGUGGCUUGGUACAUAGAAGCCGUCUUUCCCGGAGAGUAUGGUGUGCCCAAGCCAUGGAACUUCUUUUUGCUGCCCUCUUACUGGUUUGGGGAAAAACCAAAGACAACAAAUGAAUCAAGGCAAUUUUACAAGACAAUUGAAACCAAGUAUUUUGAAGCUGAACCUACUGAUUUGGCGGCAGGUAUCCAGCUCCAACAUUUGUGCAAGGAAUUCCGAGUGCACAACACUACCAAACUAGUUGUAAAAGACUUAUCUUUGAAUGUAUAUGAGGGACAGAUCACUGUUCUUCUAGGACAUAAUGGGGCAGGAAAAUCUACUACUCUAUCUAUUCUCUCAGGUCUCUAUCCUGCUACCAGUGGAGAGGCCUAUGUUAAUGGAUUUGCCAUCUCAAAGCAGAUGGUCCAGAUCAGGAAAACCUUGGGCCUAUGUCCCCAGCAGGACUUGUUGUUUAAUUACUUGACAGUAUCAGAACACCUUUAUUUCUAUUGCAUGAUUAAAGGAGUCCCUCGAAAGAUGUACCCUAUAGAAAUUGACCGUAUGCUGUCUGCUUUUAACCUGAUUGAAAAGCGAAAUGCAUUUUCAGCAUCACUGAGUGGAGGAAUGAAGCGCAAACUCUCCGUCAUUAUAGCACUUAUAGGGGACUCCAAGGUGGUGAUACUUGAUGAGCCCACAGCUGGCAUGGACCCUGCCUCGCGAAGAACCACCAGGGACCUCCUUCAGCAGUAUAAACGGGGCCGCACCAUCUUACUGACCACCCACUACAUGGAUGAAGCUGACAUCCUGGGUGACCGCAUUGCCAUCAUGGUGAAGGGAUCCUUACGAUGCUGUGGCUCUUCACUUUUCCUCAAAAACAUAUAUGGUGUGGGAUACCAUAUAGUCAUAGUGAAGGCACCUCACUGUAAUGUUGAAGAAAUCUCCAAGUUGAUAUAUUAUCAUAUACCAUCAGCCGCUUUGGAGAAGAAUGUUAUGAAUGAAUUAUCUUUUCUUCUACCCAAAGAGUACACACACAGGUUUGAAGCUCUGUUUACUGAUCUGGAAAGGAGACAUACAGAACUGGGCAUUGCUAGCUUUGGUGUCACUAUCACUACCAUGGAAGAAGUCUUCUUUAGGGUCAGUAAUAUGGACGAGACACAAACAGACAUUGUAUCUACCGAACCUCAGCCUCUCUCUCAGAUGAGUGAAGUGUCAGUCAAGAACCAGAAUAGGAAUAUGUCAAGAAAUGAGGGAGCAGAUUUGUCUACUGUGAAUGAAAGACCUGCUGUUAUGUUUAAUACUGGGUGUUCCCUCUACCACCGGCAGUUCUGUGCCAUGUUCAUAAAGAGGGCAAUAUUCAAUUGGCGCCACUGGAAACUCAUUUUGCUGCAGAUACUGGCACUUCUAGGAUCACUUUUGCUUCUCUCAGAGACUGUUACAUUUACACAUAGUAAUGACGAUCAGGCCAGACUAAUGAGUUUGAGUCAGUAUGGUCAAACCAUUGUGCCUUUAUCAAUUUCUGGGAAUUCUAAUUUGACUCUGAUUUUCUUAAAACAUCUUAAAAGUAUGCUAGAGCCUGACAACCACAUACUUAAGGAAGUGCAAGGUGACCUACUAAAAUAUUUGAUGGAAAAUGAAGAUUGUAUUCACUUAUGCAUUGUUGCAUUUUCCAUUGAGGUGAAGAAAGAUAAAAUAACAUUUACUGGUCUGUUCAACAAUCAAGCAUAUCAUUCACCAGCCCUGUCCCUGGCAAUGCUGGACAAUAUUCUUUUCAUGUCAACUUCUGGCCCCGAUGCUUCCAUAACAGUCUUCAAUAAACCUCAGCCAGCCUCUGCUUAUAGGAAAUACAGCUCAAUGUUGUCAGAAGGAGACCAGGUGGCCAUAAAUAUACAUUUUGGGAUGGCUCUUUUGGUCAGUGGCUUUUGUCUCCUGACAGUGACUGAGAGAAUCACUAAGGCAAAGCUCAUCCAGUUUCUGAGUGGGGUCUAUGUCCUUGCAUACUGGCUUUCUGCUCUACUGUGGGAUCUCACCAUCUUCUUCAUUGCCUGCUGCCUACUGCUGGGCGUGUUCAAGGUCUGCCAACUGGACAUGUUUCUCACAGACUACCACUUUCUGGACACAAUGCUGAUUUUCAUGCUGUUCGGCUGGAGUGCCAUCCCCCUCGUAUAUCUGCUGAGCUUCCUGUUUUCCCAAAGUACUUCUGCCUACAUCAAACUUAUGGUGUUCAGCUACCUUUCAGGCAUUUUCAGUAUCAUCAUAGAUGCCACGCUUCAGUUUGAGUCUUUCAUCGUUUUGCCAGAAACUGAAAGUAUGGUAUCAAAUUCCACCAGAACCUUCAUACUGAGAUCGUUACUGCUCCUUCCCAAUUACAACCUGGGGAAGUGCAUCAUGAACUACUUGGAUUUCUACAACAGUGAAAAAAUGUGCAUGGAAAAUCCUUAUGCCUUCUUAGACUGCGAUGAAAAAAUCCCAGGCCCCCACAGCAACAAUGAUCCCCCCAAGCAGCUCUGCGAGAAAACCCCCCUACUUUCCAAACCACUGCAAGACAUUCCAGUUUCUCCCCGUAAGAGUCUGGGACCUCAGAAUCUUGCCUUAAAUGAGCUCAGUGCAUUCGAGAGCUUGAGGCAGAUGAUUGAUGUUCCUGUUUAUUCUUUGGAAAAGAAAAGGAUUGGACUAUAUAUGGUUAUGAUGAGUACCAUAGGCUUUAUUUGCCUUCUCUUGAUUUUUUUUUGUGACACAGCUUUGUGGAAACUAAGAGCAUUUCUCAAUCGAUACAUUUACUUCGGUAUCUAUAAGAUAUACCAGAAGGGGAAAGUGUCUGAGGAGUUAUCUGGGGAAUGUGAAGAUGAAGACGUAGAAAAUGAAAGAAAGAGGAUCCUGGAGCAGCCGCAGGAGCUGCUGAACUCUUCAGUGCUUAUUAAGGAGCUCAUAAAGAUCUAUUUUAAGUGUCCAGUCAUUCUGGCUGUGAAAAAUAUCUCCAUUGCAAUCCAAAAGGGGGAGUGCUUUGGAUUGCUUGGACUCAACGGAGCUGGAAAAACUACCACCUUCCAAAUUUUGACUGGAGAAGAGACCGCUACCUCUGGGCAUGUGUUCGUUGACGGCUUUAGCAUCACUGACAAUAUCCAAAAGGUGAAGGCAAGAGUUGGCUAUUGUCCUCAGUCUGAUGCCUUGCUGGAAUAUAUGACUGGUCGGGAAAUAAUGAUCAUGUAUGCCAGAUUAUGGGGAGUCUCGGAGUCCCAGAUUCAGCAGUACGUGAGCAAAUGGUUGACUUCACUGCAACUGGAGUCCCAUGCUGACAAGAUUAUCAGAACCUAUAGUGGAGGAAACAAACGUAGGCUGAGUACUGCUAUUGCCCUGAUGGGAAAACCCACAAUCAUUUUGCUGGACGAGCCAUCAACUGGCAUGGACCCAGUAGCCCGACGUCUGCUCUGGGAUGCUGUGAUGCAAGCACGUGAAAGUGGAAAAACCAUUAUUAUAACCUCCCACAGAAUGGAGGAAUGCGAUGCCUUCUGUACCAGGCUGGCCAUCAUGGUGAAGGGAAAGUUUGUGUGUUUGGGCAGCCCUCAGCACCUCAAGAACAAGUUUGGCGAUGUUUACAUCCUAAAGGUCAAGGUCAAGACUGAUACACACAAGCAUACAUUAAAUGAUUUUAAAGAUUUCAUCACAAUGAAAUUCCCAGGUAGUGAAUUAAAGCAGGAGAACCAAGGGAUCCUUAACUACUUCAUUCCCACAAAGGACAAUAGCUGGUCCAAGGUGACUAUAGAAAUCAUGCCAUUCUAA